AGACGAUUAAGUAGCUUAGAUACUUCUGGUGGAGCCACACAGUAGCAAAUACUGACAUUGUAGGCUCAGUGUUUUCCUCGCUCUCUUUGUAAUGGUGAAAUGGAGCUUCUUCUAGGCCUCGUGCUUGGGGUGAUUGGAGUUAUAGGGAUUAUUUUCCUGUUGCUUCUCUCCUUCGCAAUUUAUUAUGAUCUUUCCAGGAGUAAAAUCCCAUCUGGAUUUGACAGUCCAUUAAAGCUUCGGGUCAUUCACUGCUUUGUCAUUAUGGUGGUCAUUGUGGGGAAGUGUCUUGAACUGCUGGGUGUCUGCAGACAGGUUGCCUUUAUCCGCUUUGUUGUGAGUUUCCGGAAUCCAAGUGUGGCUCCCAGCCUCUCUGCCAAAGACCUGCAUUUCGACGGGGUGCCUGUGAGGGUUUAUCAGCCCAAAGCACCAUCUGCUGGCCCAAGGAAAGGAUUUGUGUUCCUUCAUGGAGGUUCUGGGAUGUUUGGGAGCAUUGCGUCUUACCAAGAUGUCUGCUGCAAAAUCGCCAAGGAGACUGAUUCAGUGCUUGUGUCUGUCGGCUACCGCCUGUCUCCUGAGCAUCUUCAUCCCGCUCAAUACAAGGACUGCCUUGCUGCUACCAUACACUUAAUCCAAAAUGCAGCUUCCCAUGGGGUGGAUCCUUCCAAGAUCAUUGUUGGUGGGGACAGUGCUGGGGGCUUUUAUGCUGCUGUUGUUGCCCAGAAACUGGUGGAGAGAUCAGACCUUCCAAAGCUACGGGCUCAAGUGCUGAUCUACCAGACUAGCCAGGCUAUGGACCUCAACCUGCCUUCCUAUCAGCAGAACGGCUAUAUGCCCCCCUUGUUCCGGGAAAGCACUGCUUACAUUGGCCUGAAGUAUAUUGGAAAGGACCCGUCUUUGGCAGGCCAGCUCCUGAAGGGCUCUCAUGUGCCAGAUUCAAUGAGGCUGAAAUAUGGGAAGUGGAUAAGUCCAGACAACCUUCCAGAGAGAUUUAAGGGGAGAGGCUACAAGCAAGUCCCACUUGCUCCUUAUGAACCUGAAGUCUAUAGGCAACUGCCAGAGAUAUUGGAACCUGAUAUUUCUUGUCUUUUUGCUGAGGACUCUGUCAUUGAGAAGCUUCCUGAAACCCUAAUUGUGAGUUGUGAGCACGAUGUAUUACGAGACGAUGCACUGCUGUACAAGAAACGUCUGGAGGACCAUGGAGUGAAAGUCAGCUGGUUCCAUGUUGAGAACGGGUUUCAUGGGGUGCUAAACCUCUUUGACGCAGGCAUGUUCAGAUUACCCGCUGCAGUUGAAUUAAUGGACAGGAUUGUAGACUUUGUCAAAAACCUAUGAGAGGAAAUCUCUUGAAUUUGUGAGUCACUCAUGAAGAGGGGAGGAUCUGCCAACUUCAGCCUCAGAUAGUUUCCCAUUAUUCCAAUCUUCUAUUCAGUUCUCCACAAUUCUGUAGAAAUAUGUGGUUCUUGGGGGCAGUGGGGAAUUGUUCAUGAAAAUUCACCAGCACUUGUGUGUGAAAUUUUCCCAAUAAACACUUUUACUUCACAUGGAGUUUUGACUAAUAUACACAUGAUUAGAACCAAUUUGCU